CGACGUGGUGUCUGGUCAGGCGCGCGAGUAGCCGACCGCCUGAGCACAUCGUUUCCCUUCCUCGAUUCCAACCUUUUCCCCAACCUAGCGCUAGCUGAAGGCUCCGGCGGCGGCGGCUGGCCCUCUCCUGCCUCUCCCUCGGUCCCUUCCCUCCCCUCCAUCCGGCCAUCUCACUCCCCUGCCUCGGCCUCCGGCGCCCAGCCCUCUCCUCCGCGGCUCCGCCAGGCGCCAGGCCACCAGUCCGCCUUCGGCCUCCCAAGCGCGGCGGCAGCCGGCAGCGCCCUCCAGGCUCCAGCCACCGUCCUCGCGCCUCCCCGGCGCGGCGGCAGCACCAUCCGGCAGUCCGGCCUCCGUUCCUCAACAGCCACAAUACCCUGACACCGGUUGGCCCCGGCACAACGCCGCUCCCCGCCAACGCCCCUCUCCCUCAGCUGCUGACCUCGGCAACGAGCUCACCCACAAGCCUCUGCUGCCAGAAGAUUGCCCGCAUAGUUUAAAAUAUUCAUAUGAACCUAUGCUUAAUGUAAAAGAGCAUAUGGAAAAUUAUAAACUGAUCUAUUUUUUUUCAUUACUACAGCUAGCAAAGGCUAAUGGAUCGAGGUUGGAUGAGUAAACCAAGAUCAACUACUGAUUAUAAAGAAGGUGUCGAGCAAUUUCUAUCUUUUGCCUUCCAUGAUGUUCCACUCGGUGAUAAAAUUCUCUGUCCCUAUGUAAAUUGUGGAAAUAAGGCAACGCAGAAUUACGACGAAGUGAAAACCCACCUAAGAUGUGAUGGUAUUCUUCAGGGUUAUACAAAAUGGGUUUGCCAUGGAGAAGAGUAUGAUUCACCGUCAUUUGCAUUUGCUCCCAUGUCAAAUAACAACAACGAUUUUCAUAUUCCGGGUUUUCCAGUGAAUUCUGAUGUAGAAGGCAGUAAUAGAAGAUUGCAUGACAUUUCUGGGCUCUUAAGUGCCAUUUUCCCCAUGGCUGACAGCUUCCAAUCACUAUCAAGCGCAUCUGAUGGGGAACUAGAUGGUGUUCAGUCUGAAUUUGAGAACUUGGAACCUGGUAUGGCUGAGAAUGUCAAUACAACAUCUGCAGAUGAUGAUGCAAUGAGAGAACAAGACAUAUACGCUAGUUUCCUCGAGGAAGCAAACACAGAUUUAUACCCUGGAUGUGCAACAUAUUCGAGGUUGUCAUUUCUUGUCACUUUAUAUCACAUGAAAGUCUUGCAUGGAUGGUCACAGGAAUCAUUCACACAGCUACUUGGUGUAUUAUCGGUUGCAUUUCCUCAGAUAAACCUACCCAAGAAAUAUUAUGAGGUGAAAAAAAUCAUACGCGGAUUAGGGCUGGACUAUGAGAAAAUUCAUGCAUGCCCAAGAGACUGCAUGCUUUUUAGAGGUGAAAGAGCUAACCAGGAGCCUUGCCAUGUGUGUGGUGCCUCUCGUUGGCUUACCAAUGAAAAUGAGAAGAAAGAUUCGGCAACUGAAUCUUAGAAGAAGAAGAAGAAGAAGAAACCAGCCAAGGUGUUGCGAUAUUUCCCAUUGAUUCCAAGGCUCCAAAGGUUAUUUGCAACCAAGAAGACAUCAACUGACAUGCGUUGGCAUGAUGAGGGUCGUACAAAAGAUGGAUUGCUGCGAUGUCCAGCUGAUGGAGAGGCUUGGAAAGAUCUUGAUGCCAGAUAUCCUAAAUUCGCUGAGGAUCCCCGUAAUGCGCGGCUAGGCGUUGGGUCUGAUGGGUUUAAUCCUUUCCGACUCAUGAGUGCAAAACAUAGUACUUGGCCAGUGAUGCUUAUUCCAUACAACCUACCACCUUGGAUCUGCAUGAAGCAAACAUCUCUAAUUUUAUCAAUGAUUAUUCCUGGACCAAGUUCCCCUGGCAAUGAUAUUGAUGUAUAUUUGCAGCCGUUGGUGGAUGAGCUGCAACAUCUUUGGAAGGGUGUGGACACUUUUGAUUCAUGUACCCAGGAGAAAUUUUCUCUUCGAGCUGCACUAUUAUGGACUUUGAACGAUUUUCCAGCAUUAGCUUACCUCUAUGGGUGGAGCACGAGCGGUAAAUAUGCUUGCCUGUCUUGUGGUCCUUUUACAAGAUCAUAUUGGCUAAAGAAGAGUAAGAAAUUUUGGUUAUAUGGGUCAUCGCCGAUGGCUAACACAGAAUCAUGUAUUUCGGAGACGAAAGAAGGAGUUUGAUAACACCGAAGAGAUGGAACUUGCACCUAUAACAAUGAGUGGUAGCUCAGCUUUGAGAAUGUUGCAGGGCAGAGUGUUUGUCUUAGGAAAAAAGGUUGUUGUGGCAAAGAAAGGGAAAGGGAAAAAGAAGGGCAAAGACAGUGAAAAAGGAAUUGAAGGUUCUGAAAAACAGAAGCGUAAAAGAGCGCCUAACAAGAAAUCAGGUAACGUCGCACGUAAACCUGAAAAGAAGCCUGAGGAUUGUUUCAAAAAGAAGUCGAUAUUCUUUGAUUUGGAAUACUGGGAGCACAACAAGUUAAGGCACAAUCUAGAUGUAAUGCAUAUUGAGAAAAAUGUCUUCGAAAAUUUAAUUGGAACCUUACUGGAUAUUGAUUCUAAAACAAAGGAUGGCCUUAAUGCACGACUUGACUUAGGAGAAAUUGGAAUUCGAUCUAGCCUUCAACCUCAUGAAGGUGAUAAGGGUAAAACUGAAUUGCCGCAUGCACCUUUUAAUAUGUAUAAAGAAAAGAAGGAGAUUCUUUGUACAGUGGUUAAGAAUUGUAGGACACCUGAUGGUUGUGCAUCAAACUUUUCGAGGUGUGUGAACAUGAAAGAAUUGACAUUGACUGGCCUCAAAAGCCACGACUGCCAUGUUAUUCUACAAGACAUCCUUCCUGUGGCACUUUUACACUGUUAUCCCAGUAAAGAUGUCAUGAUAAUAGUUGUUGAGCUGGCUAAUUUCUUCAAGAAGCUAUGCUCCAAAGUGUUAGAUGUCUCUGAGCUUGACAAACUGCAAGAGAGUAUUGUGAAGACACUUUGUAAUAUGGAAAAGGUUUUUCUUCCAUCGUUUUUUACUGUCAUGGUACAUUUAAUGGUGCAUUUAGUUGAAGAAGCUAAACUUGGUGGCCCGGUGCAUUACAGGUGGAUGUACCCUCUAGAGAGAUCAUUUGUUUGGCUAAAGUCACUUGUGCGCAAUAGAGCUUAUCCUGAAGGUUCUAUUGCUGAAGGAUAUACUGUUGAAGAAUGCUUGACCUUUUGUUCAAGAUUUCUAGAAGGAACCACACGUUUCACAAGAACAUCUAGGAACCCUGAUCCUUCAGAUAAUACAAAGGGCAUGUACAUGUUUGAUAGUGUUGGUGAGCCAAUUGGAAAGGCUGUCACUAUAGGCCAGUUGGACGAUCAGCUUCUAGUUCAAGCACAUAGAUAUGUCUUGCGACACUCUGAUGAGCUUGAUGAUCUUCGUAGAGAAUUUCUGGACCAAGAGAAGAGGAAACCGGGUAACUUAAAUUUGACGGAUGAUGACAAUGAGGAUUUGAUUAGUAGACACUUUGCUGACUGGUUGGAACAAAAGGUUAUACUAGAUGAUGGACUGGAUAUCACAGAAAAGAUAAGAGCAUUAGCCGCAAAACCAAGCAAAUGCGGGGUGCGCUAUAGUGGCUAUAUAAUUAAUGGUUUCAGGUUUCAUACUAUCAGUCGCGAGACAGGACACGUGACACAAAAUAGUGGUGUCGUGAACCUUGCUGAAAAUGGUGUGUCCUAUUAUGGUCGGUUAUCUGACAUCUUUGAAUUGUCAUACAAAGAUUACAAGGUGGUCUUCUUUAAAUGUGAUUGGUAUGAUGUUCAUCACAAAGCUGGUAUUAUAAGAGAUGAGUUUGGAUUCACUCAUGUGAACUUCUCCCGAAAAAUACAUACAGGGGAGAAGUUAGAGGAUGAACCUUUUGUAUUUUCUUCCCAAGUGGACCAGGUCUUCUAUAUCCAAAAUCCGAGAAGUGAGAAUUGGAAUACCAUGGUGAAAUUCAAACCUCGUGAUAUUUUUGACAUGGGUGGAGAACCAUCUUCAGAUGAAACAGAGUAGUCUUUGUGUUUUUAGCUUGUUAUCUGCAGCUAAGAUAUAGGUUUAGCAAUUGUCAUCCAUGCUCCUAGGUAGAAUUACUCCAACAUAAUUAUUCUAGCUGGGUGGAUCUUCUUCGGAAUGUAUGUUACUCUGUGAUGAACGAGCCUAUGGUGUUUUUUUAAUGUGUAUGUUCCCUUUUGUUA